CCCCUCAGUUUGCUCCGACCAUCGCCAUGCAAACAAGACCAUGUCACAGAGCAACAACCAUCGGAUUUCAAUUGAUAUACCGACGCAACAUGUCUUCCCAUUCGCCCAUCAAAGUCGCUAUCCUGGAUGACUACCAUAACAUAGCAGCAAAACAUUUCUCGAGUGUUGACCCUUCCAAAGUUUCCCUAACCACAUUCAACGACACUUUACCAGCAUACACGCAUCCCAAGACCAGUGAUGCAGACCGCCAAUUGCUCGUCGAGAGGCUGAAACCAUUCAGCGUGCUCUCCACGAUGCGCGAGCGGACGCCGUUUCCAGGGGAACUACUCCGCCAGCUGCCCAAUCUAAAGAUGAUCCUGGCAACGGGAACUCAAUUUGAAACAUUCGACCUGAAAACAGCAAAGGAGCUAGGUAUCUCAGUUUGCGCUGCGCCGGGCAAGGGGCGGACCGAUGGCAGGGGGAGCGGGCUGUCUGCUCGUACGAGGAUCGAUAUUAAAAAAGGUGGCGGCCAUCCAACUACUCAGCAUGCUUGGGCUCUUAUCCUCGCGCUGGCACGAAAUGUGGCUGUCGAUGACGCCGUCAUCAAGGGCAAAGGGGUGGCUAGUGCAUGGCAGACAGAGCUCGCCAUUGGUCUACAAGGGAAGACGUUGGGCCUGGUUGGCUUUGGGCGCAUUGGAGCUCUCGUAGCCAGAGUAGGACUGUUGGCCUGGGGCAUGAAGGUUGUGUGUUGGAGUGCAAACUUGACACAAGAAAAAGCUGAUCAGCUAGCCCAAGACGUGGGUUUGCCUGUCACAGGUGGCGGCAUCGCAGACGAGGACGAGAAGACAUUCCGAGUGGUCAGCAAAGAAGAACUCUUCAAAACAUCCGAUGUCCUAAGCUUGCACUACGUAUUGAGUGCAAGAUCGCGGGGAAUUGUUGGGGAGCAAGAGCUGAAGUGGAUGAAACCAUCGGCGUUCUUGAUCAAUACCUCGAGAGGACCCUUGAUUGACGAAGCUGCUCUAUUGAAAACCCUCCAAAAUGGACGUAUAGGAGGUGCUGCACUGGAUGUUUUCGACAUUGAACCCUUACCCGCCGAUAGCCCCUGGAGGUCUGGAGAUUGGGACGUCCCGGGAAAGAGUAGGGUGCUUUUGACGCCUCAUAUGGGAUAUGUAGAGGAGGAGACUCUAAGAAUUUGGUAUGAAGAAACGGCGGAAAAUCUGGAAAGAUAUGUCCAAGGAAACGAUAUGCUGCAUAGCCUUACAUGA